AAAAAGGUGAAUGAAAUGAGCUGUCUGGAUUGUAGAAUCUGAAGGCUAAGUUAUUCUCUUGGAGAGUUGUUCUAAAUGAACCUAGCCAAGAUACUGGAUCUGUGUGAAGAAGACUAAGGAUACAAUAGGAUGUCAACUGAGACAGAACUUCAAGUGGCUGUUAAAACCAGCACAAAGAAAGAUUCUAAGAAGAAAGGUCAGGAUCGCAGUGAAGCCACUUUAAUAAAACGGUUUAAAGGCGACGGUGUUCGAUACAAAGCAAAACUCAUUGGGAUAGACGAGGUUUCUGCAGCACGAGGCGACAAGUUAUGUCAAGAUUCCAUGAUGAAAUUAAAGGGAAUUGUUGCUGCAGCUCGUUCGAAAGGGGAUCACAAGCAGAAAAUAUUUCUAACCAUCUCUUUUGGAGGAAUCAAAAUCUUUGAUGAGAAGACAGGACUACUGCAGCACCAUCAUGCAGUUCAUGAAAUUUCAUACAUCGCAAAAGAUAUCACAGACCAUCGGGCCUUUGGAUAUGUGUGCGGAAAGGAAGGGAAUCAUAGAUUUGUGGCAAUAAAAACAGCCCAGGCAGCAGAGCCUGUAAUUCUGGAUUUGAGAGACCUCUUUCAACUCAUUUAUGAGUUGAAACAAAGGGAAGAGCUGGAGAAAAAGGCACAAAAAGAUAAACAGUGUGAACAAGCAGUAUAUCAGACAAUUUUGGAAGAAGAUGUAGAAGAUCCUGUUUACCAGUACAUUGUGUUUGAGGCUGGACAUGAGCCAAUCCGUGAGCCUGAAACAGAAGAAAACAUUUAUCAGGUUCCUACUAGCCAAAAGAAGGAAGGUGUUUAUGAUGUGCCAAAAAGCCAACCUGUAAGUCUGGAGAAUGGAAACCUGUUGUUGGACAUAGAUGAAAAUCUUGAUAGAGUCACUCAGGCUGUUCCCCAACUAGAGCUGUUUGGGGACAUGUCCACUCCUCCUGAUAUAACCUCUCCCCCUACCCCUGCAACUCCAGGUGAUGCCUUUAUCCCAUCUUCAUCCCAGUCACUUCCUGCUGGUGCAGAAGUAUUUAGUUCUGUACCUUACAGCACUGCUGCUGUACCCUCAGGUUAUGUUGCAAUGGGAGCUGUCCUGCCCUCCUUCUGGGGACAACAACCACUUGUUCAACAACAACUGGCCAUGGGUGCUCAGCCUCCAGUUGCUCAGGUGAUGCAGGGAGGACAGUCAAUUGCAUGGGGACAGCCUGGGAUAUUUUCUCCCACCCAGCAACCAUGGCCAUCUGUAGCUGGUCAGUUUCAGCCUGCUGCCUUCAUGCCAACACAAACUGUUUUGCCUUUACAAGCAGCCAUGUUUCAAGCUACCGUUGCUCCCAUUGCUACUGUUCCACCUUCGAGUGAUUCCGCCAGAUCAAGUCCACAGACAGAUAGGCCUAGGCAGCAAGCAGGAAAAGAAAUGUUUAAAGAUUUCCAGAUGGCUCAGCCUCCGCCAGUGCCAUCACGAAAACCAGAUCAGCCUUCCCUCAGUUGUACCUCAGAGGCCUUCUCCAGUUACUUUAACAAAGUUGGGAUGGCACAGGAAGCAGAUGAUUGUGAUGAAUUUGACAUCUCUCAGUUAAAUUUGACUCCUGUGACUUCUACAACGCCAUCAACUAACUCACCUCCAACUCCUGCUCCUAGACAAAGUUCUCCAUCCAAAUCAUCAGCAUCUCAUACCAGUGACCCUGCUGCAGAUGACCUCUUUGAAGAGGGAUUUGAAAGUCCAAGCAAAAGUGAAGAACAGGAAGCGCCUGAUGGAUCUCAGGCCUCAUCCAACAGUGAUCCAUUUGGUGAGCCCAUUGGUGAUACUGUAAGUCCACAGGGCGAUAGCUAGAUAGCACAGGUUGGGGAAAGAGAACCACUCUACGCCCAGAUCAACAGACCUAAGAAAUAGCGUUGACCCACACUUGUGGUGCUUCAAGACUCAAAAGGAAAACUACAGCUUUGGCAGGCCUUUGGCUCCCAUAUUUACUUUCAGUUGAUCCCAUCUAAUCAAGGGUAAUCACUUUACUGGAUUGGUUCCACAAGCAAGAUGGCAACCAGUGGCAACUCUCUAUGGCAGAACAUUGGUGUGUUUUUUUGUAGUUGUUAAAACAAAACAAAAAAUCUUACUUUUCAAGCAAAAUCUUUCACGCCCUUCCUGCAAGUUUCAACUAUCCAUUUUCCCCUCCUUAUCAACGUUUGCCAUUUCUAGAGCACUACAUAAUGAAAGUAGGCAAUUCAAAUCUACUAAAUAACAACUAAUUGUUUAAUAAGAUAGAGAACAUGCAGAAAGCAAACACAUCAUUAGGUCAACAACCAUUGAGCUAUGUGGCUGCACAUUUAGAUGAUAUGGUGAAUUUUUUAUCACCAUUACAGACUGAUCCUGCUGCAUUCUUCCCCUCUUGAACCACUCCAUCAUGGCAUAUUUGAAAGGGGGACAUGUGUUUGAGUAUUUCAUUUUUUCCCCGUUUUUCUUAAAAACUGGUGACAGACUCUAGCAGCAAAAUGCCUCCUGCGAAAAUAAUUCUUAACUUGAAACCAUGGAAUGCCAUUCUUCUAAUUAUCCAUCUUGAUUGGAAAAUGUUGCCAAAUGGACCUUUUCAUUUCCAGAACAUCUAAGAGAUGAAAUGCUGCUUUUCUGUUUUGAAUACUCCUGCUGUGGGUAGAAAAGGACAUCAAAUCAUUUGAUGAUGAAAAAAAAAAGACAAUGCGUUAUUUCCUAGGGAACUCUUGAAUCAAAGACCAGUAAAGGAAUAUUUUUUAUUUCUUUGAUAUCUUGCUGCUGUAAUGCUAUGCAGACAAGUGUUUUCUUCUCUGUGUGCCAUUUUUGAAGAGAAAAAAAAAGUUUGCCAAAUACUUCCAGUAUACUUCUGGAUCUGAUUGAGACGGACUUGAUUAACAAGAUGGAGGUGGCAUGAAUUUUGACAUAAUGAACUGAUUCUGUGAUCAAAUUGUUCAUCUUUAUCACUUUUUGUACAUCAGAAAAAUUCAAAUGGGAUUUUUAUUUUAUAACUUGAAAUUUAAAAAAAAAAUCUUACUGUUAAACUCUUUAAAUGUUUAAGGGGAAAUGGCUUUAAGGAGUUUGAAUUACAUUUGCCAGGUUUUUUUUUGUAAAUAUAAGUGUUAUGAGGAUUCCUUUAAUAAUGCCAUGACACUGUAGAGAAGGUAACAAAUGGCAGUACUUUGGAAGUGUGGAAACCCCCCCAGUUCAUGGUUCUUGCAUCACGUUUUUUUUUUUUUUCUUCACAUGCUUAUGAUAAUGGGCUGAAGCUUAAGUGCAUUUGCCAGCAACAUUUAGGCUGUCAGCCACUAGUACAGAUGAUGGGGAACACUUGAUUUUAUGAUCUUGCUUUUAUCACACAAAUAUUACAUGCUCUGCAUUUUUAAAGAAAAAACACAUUUCAUAUAAUUUCAUGACUCAGAAAAACAAAAACAAAUAUAAACUGUUUACACACAAAACAGAAACACCUUUUUUAAAACUCUCUCUGUUUUUUUAACAUUUAUGUAAGAAACGUGCAGUGUUUGGUUCCUAUCCUUAGCACAUGAUUUGCAUAAAAGAAUCUAUAUAUUUUUGCCCUACAGAGAAUUGUUAUACAGGUCAAAUGUGUUUUCCUGAUAUUCCUAUGCAGAUUACAAUAUAUUGAAUUUUAGUGGUUUAGCACUAAAACAAAAGUUAACGAACUCAAAUGAUGAAUUGUUAUGCAGAUUUUGUUUUUAAAUCAAAACACCAAGAUUUCUGUGUAUUUUCCAUUGAUUUAUGUAGGCCUCGAGUUGUAUAUUUCCAUAUGUUUGAAUGGUUUCGAUGGACUUAUUUUACAAAAGUAGGUGAAAGCUUAAGUGAAAUGGUAAUUCGGUGAUAUCAAGAACCAAACAUCCUAAUUUCAGCCAGUUAUUUUGAAGUAGGUACUGAAGAGAAAUGUGUGUUUAACAGUGAGUGAUGGAUGCACUAGAUGUGGAUAUUCACUAAUAUCAAUGCAGAAGUGAAUCAUAAUGCACUCUUCUGAUAAUUUCCUCUCUCUAGUCAUUGUCAAGAUCUCUGUCACAAAUUCACAGCAAAAAAAAGAUGCAAAAAAUAUCUUCCCUGUCAGAUUUUAAAUCUGUGAGAUUCUAUGUUUUCGGCUUAAUCAAGAGGAUGAAAACAUUCCACAGGAUUUCUUUUCUUUUUAAGAAUCAUUCAGAUAUUUCAAGUUCUUCCUUAACAAAGCUGUUUAUUGUUUUUAUCUUGGAAUAUUGGACAUAAAAGUAUGGAAUUUCAGUUCUUCAUUUGUAGUAUAGUAUGGUCACUAGCUUUUCAGUUACUGAGCAAAGCAUUUAUAUUACAGUUCAGUCGGUUCAUUGAAGACAUCUAUAAUUAUAGGGCUCUGAAGGACUUGCCUAGGAUGCAAAAAGUCUGUGUAACCAGUACUACCAGUAGCUAUAAAAGGAUUUCAAAAUCAGAAUUCACAAGGAAAUUUGUUCCAUUUAAGCACUGGCUAUUCUCUUGGAACAAGAGAGUCCAUUGUUACCCUGGCCCACCAUUAGAUUAUUCCUUUUUGCCAUAGUCUAGAAGUAAGAGAAUAUGGGAGUCUGCACUGUUCCAGUAUUGUAGAUAAGUAAUAGGUCCAGGGAAGCCACCAAGCCUUUCCCUCCCUGUUCUUCACUAGCACUAAAUUUGUCACUUUAAAUUUUAAACCAGGGAACCCACCCAUCAUCCUGUACUGUCUCCAGUAGUUUCUUGAUUCUUACCAUGUCAUAAAAAUAUUUUGCUAGAUCGUAGUCAUUCAAUUGUCUGAUGAAACCUAUGAUCAAAUAAUGUACUGGGCACCUUCUUUGCAAAGAUGUUUAUCCUCUACUUUGAUUCAUUUUGAUUUCUGCAUUCUGACAUGUAUUUUUUUAAUAAAGAAAAGAAAGAUAAAAGAUGACUGUUUUGCAGUACAUUUCUAGAUCUACUUUAACUUUACCUCAGAGGAAAACCAUUUGUUAACAUUCGUUCAACAUCUUUUUUCCCCUUAACUUUAUGUAUAAUGCAUUCAGCAGAAUAAUGACAAAUUUUUAGAAAUUUUCCAUUAAUUUCUGUAACACACCAUGUAAUACUGUUACAAAUAAAAACAUUUAAAACAUAAAUAUUAUUUGCUUUCAUUCUUCUACAGGAUGCAUGAUAGGCACAAUACAAAGUUGAUCACCUGCCUGUCCUUGACUAUCAUCCCAAAAGAUUUGGUGCCUCUUUAAAAUGCCACAAUUGGAUGCAUGUGGCAAGCGGCUUAUGCGUAGUGCACAACCCCUUGGAGCAUGGCAUUUUUAGUAUGUCAAAUUUUCAUCAAAACCAGAGCAUAAUUAAACAUUCCCAAUUUAAUUGAUUAUACAAUGUACCAUUUUCAUAAGUCUU